AUGAUGGACUCUAUCAAUACAUCUUACCCGGCCUUUGCUUCUUCGGUCUCAGCUGGAUUCCCUACUCCUCCAUCUUCGCCUCUCGUCCGACCGCUGAGUUCUCCUCCUGCAUUGAGCAGCUCUUCAGGCUUUCUUCAAAAAGUAUCAGAACACCCGAAGCAUCUCCUCGAAAAUAAAGCGCACUCACCACCUAUCUUCAGCUCUGAGGUUAGAAGGGGUUCUCAUACUGACGAUACACCGUCAAUUUCAACUACACAGAAUCUCAUAUUGGUUCCACCUGCUUCUAUCUUAAGCGGCGAUGUUGGAAGAGUUUCUCAACCUGAUGAUACACCACCAGCUUUGACAACCGAAGAUCCUGACGUGGUAUCUCCUCCCCCUUUUAUAAUUUCGUCAGAUAUUAAAAUAGGUCCAACAAUCGAAAACCAUGAUGGUCCUUCCUCUGGUAUUUCGCAUCAUUCUUCUAUCAGAGAUCAUGAAGAAGGGGGUCAGCUUUCAGACCAUACAGUUAAUCAUCAAAUGGCUGGUGUGAAGUCUGCCUCAGAUCCUGAGCUUUGUGACUUGCCUGUGUUAGAUCCUUCCGUACGUGAUCACAAAGAUCACAAUCAAAAUCCAACAAAUGAUAUCAUCACAUUCAACAAUGAGCAAGCUGUAAAAUCAUCGGAUCGAAUCAGCGAGCAAUCAGCAGUGCUAAGUAAAGGAACUGCUAAAACAAAACGAAAGACGAAGAAAGCUAGACCAGCAUAUGAAGUAGCAGGCAGAUUACCUCGUCCUCCUAAUUCAUGGAUACUCUAUAGAUCUGAAAAGAUUUUAGAGAUGAAAUCUUUAGAUCUUGGAUUAGCUCAAUCGAUUUUGAGUAAAGAGAUUGCUGCUCGAUGGCGCGAGGAACCAAGUGAAGUGAAAAAGAUGUAUGAGCGCAAAGCGGAGAUUAUCAAGGCUGAGCAUGCUGCCAAACAUCCUGAUUACAAGUAUAACCCAAAGCGCCAUAGAAAAAAUGGAGAAAAGAGUUCAAAAAACCCUACCCGAUCCACCAUUGAAGAAGAACAUAAAGAUCAAAAUAAACAACUUACAAAAGGAAAAUCCGAAACCCAUGAUCUCCAUCAUUUCGCUUUCGAGCAUUCAAGAGAUUCUUUCAAUGUCCCACCAACCCCAAAGAAUUCGAUCUCAACCUCUACUGGUGAUCAAAAAGAUGAAGAUCAAAUAAGAAACAAAUCAGAUGAAGAACAAAGAUUUCAAACACUAAUUUUAGAUGCAAAUCUUUAUAAAGCCUUUCCAGUCUUAAGUCAACUCAUCGCUAAUCAAAAUCCUAAUACUCCUCUUCCUUCAGCAUCAACCGAAGCAUUUCCUACGAGAAGGUCGAUGACUAUACCAAAUCAAUUCCAAGACUUGACAUUAUCAUCAAAUCAAGGAAUCUUUGAGCAUCAUCACCAACACACUGAUCCACAACUUGUUUCUCCUACUAGCUGGGCACCACCUUGGCAACCGAAUGAUCCAAGUUCUACACCAAUAGAUUAUCAUGAUUCUAGGAAUUGGAAUAGGAAUAUGUCUUACCCACUCCCAUCGAUUCCACCUGAUCAUAAUGUGAAUCGAUUUAGCUUACCAUCUCAACUUCAAUGGACACCUAAUCAUAUUUCACCUAAUUCUCAACAAUACUCAAAUCCAAAUUAUCAUAGUAAUCAAUCUCAAUCGUUUGAUGGAUCUCAUACAUCAAGUUGUCUAAGUAAUAGUUUAGAUUGGCAAGAUCCUAGGUUAUCGAAUUGGUCGAAUCCAUUUCAUCUUGGAUCUUCUUCAGAUCAUACUACAAGACAAAGUCCCAAUAAUGAACGUCUCGAUCAAAAUGGUAUCAAUUUUGGAUUUAAUUCGUUUAUCAAUGAUGAUCUUAAUCAAAACCAUCAGUCAUUGCAAGCUUUUUGGAAUCUUGAAAAUCAAUAA